UUUGCCGCGAGGGAGAAAAGUCGCCGUCGGUCGUCGUGUCGUCCGGCAGGGGAAAAAUCGUCGUCGUGAAAAGCGGUGAAAAAUCGCCCAAAACCGGCUGGAAAGUGGCGUGAUUUGUAGCUGAAGUGUUCGUGAAGAUUGAAAUGUAUUAGCUGCGCGCCAGCACGAACCUGUUGAGACUAGAGAAACAACCAUGGCAGAUCAACCGAAACCACAAGAGGUGUCCGAGCCGCGCACCCGAUCUCGGUCCAAAACGCCCGGCCUGCUCAAUCUGCGGGUCAGCGUCGAGCGGGACCUCAACGGUAGCUCCGACAAGACCAAGCCCACCAAGAAGGCGCCCACCGUUACCACAAUCCAGGAGGAGAGCUCUCCCCAAAAAGCAGUAUCGGUCAAAAAGACCCGCACGGUAACCUCGGACUACUCGUCCGACAAUGCCUCGCCCGAGGUCGUCGUCUCCAUCAAAAAGCUCUCCGCGGACGCACUCACGGAGAAAACCUCCACGAUCAUCACAACGUCGACGACAAUCACCACAUCCACCAGUGCUGCGUCCAAGGAAUCGUCCAAGUCGACGACACCCGCCAUAAAGGAAACCAACAAAGUGCUCGAAGCCACCCAGACGGCGAUCCUGCGGACGAGCACCCCAAAAGCCACCUCCAAAUCGUCCCACAAGAAGAUCACCCUAACGCCCGAGGAACUCCAACGGCACGCGGCCUACAAAGAGUACAAAGAUGCCGGCGAGUACUGGAACAAGUUCCCCAAGACGGACUACACCUACUCGGAACUGUCCCCGCAUCGGCGCGAACUCGCCGCCGGGAUGAUCGCCAUGCCCAACAUGUCCCGGCCGGGACUGAGCAAACACGCGGAACGCGUCAGCGUCAUGAUCCAGCGAAAUCCCACCCAGGAGUCGUUCAUCCGGCAGAGGUACGCCACCAGCGGACUGGCCGGCGGAAGCUUCGCGCACUCCGAUCCGUACGACUCGGGUGAGGAGCAGCUGGAUCUGUCGCAGCUGUCGGCGGCGUCGCGGAGUUAUCGGAAUGCCAGCUACCAGCGGAAGACGACCGUGGUGCAGGAGCACCGAUCGAUCGUGAGCCGGUUCUUCCUGUCGAUCGUGAACGUGUUCUACGGUAGUGCGCACUCCGUGUCGCGGCUGUUCAACAAGUCCGAGCAUAACAUGUACUACACGCGCAUCGAGGAUGAGAGAGGUUUCUUCGGCAAGAUCUCCUCGCUGUUCAACGCGCUGCUGACGGGCAUCUUCAAGAAGCUCUACCUACUGAUCUCAACGGUCCUCUUCCUGGACACCUGGCUGCUGCAGACGUCCGCCAGCGACGUGACCCAGGGUCGCCGCAAGCGCAAGUUCCUGCUGUGGCUCCUCAUCCUGCUGCCGUUCCUGCUGUUUGGUGCCUUCCUGCUCGCCGACGAGGACCAAACGAUCGUCCUGCCCGCGUCGAAGCGUGCCACCAUCGCGCUCUCCUCCCUGGGGGCCGUCCUGCCCGCCUCCCUCAACCCGUCCGACCUGGACGCGUUCCGGGCGAACCUGUUCCAGAAGCUGGACUGGCGGGAGUCGUCGCUCUCGUGGAGCGCGCUGCUUCCGUCGCUGGACCUGUGGAGUUUCUGGGACCGGUUCCCGAGGGGUGGUGGUGGCCAGCAGCAGUACGAGAACUUGAAGAGCGGACUGCAGCGCAGCUUGAGCGCGGAGGAGUACGACGAGCUGAUGCGUCACAUUGACGCUUAUAUCGAGGGGCUGCUGGCGGAGAAGUACAGGAAGAAGGAGGUGGAGGAGGCGGCGCAGAAGGUGAAGCGGGAGAUUGAACCGGAAGUGGUUGUGCAUGUGGCAGGGGUGGUGCAGCAGAGUUUGAAGGCUUACAGCUAUGAGUUGAGGCAGGGGGAUGUGGAUCGGGUAGCGGAGCAGGUGAGGGUGACGCUGGUCAAGUCGUAUCCGGAGGUUUUCGAUCCGACGGUGAAGGCAGAGAAGGAGGAUGGGGGCAAGCGGGAAGCGGUUGGCAUUUCGGAGGCGAAUUUUGUGGAGAUUCAGCGAUUGAUCAAGCAGCAGAUAAGCGUUACGAACAACAACUUUGUGAUCAGUGAUCAACAGUUGGAAGAGCUGCUGAUGAAGAUUUUGUCGUCUGCGAAGUUGAUGGAUUUGAUAGAUUCUAGGAUUCUGCUGAAGACCAAAGACUUGCGGGGUCAACAGGAGUCUCAAUCAGCGUUGGUUGAAAACUUGAAGAAUGAAAUCAACGAGAUCAAGCAGCACUUUACGGAGAAACUGGCGGCCAGCAGUCUGAUGUUGGAGGAUAACAUAAACGUGUUGAAACGUAGUCAGGACAAGCUGGCGGAGCAGGUCAGCGGCUUCCGGAUCGAGAACGACGAAAAGUACAUCAAGCUGCUGGCGGACAUUGACGCUCGGUUGGCCGCGGUUCAGCGCGAGCAAUUCUCCGGACUCAACAGCAUCAUCAAGAAAAACAUCGUUACCAUUCUGGGCAUGAACGUGGAGCAGGACUUCACCGACGAGGAUCUCAAGACGUGGAUCAGCAACCUGUUUGUCGCGAAAGACUACCUAGAAAAUCGACUAAAGGAGUACCAAGCCGGCGUGAACGCCGUCAUCCAGCAGGAAAUGGAACGCUCCGCGGCCACGCUCAUGAAGGAAGUCAGCGACCGGAUCCAGCAGGAGGUCCUCGUGUCCAUUCAAUCCCACAAAGCGGAUCUCAACACCGCAACGGACACCCCACCCAGUAGUGCCAGCGGCCUCACGGAGGACACCGUCCGGCGGAUCGUCCGGGACGCGCUUCGCAUCUACGACGCGGACAAAACGGGCCUCGUGGAUUAUGCGCUCGAGUCCGCCGGCGGUCAGAUUCUGUCGACUCGCUGCACGGAAAACUACCAAACGCACUCGGCGCAAAUCUCGAUCUUUGGGAUUCCGCUGUGGUACCCGACGAACACGCCCCGCACCGUCAUUUCGCCCACGAUGCAGCCCGGCCAGUGUUGGGCGUUUUCCGGCUUUCCGGGAUAUCUGGUCAUCCAGCUGAACAGCGCCGUCGUCGUGACAGGCUUCUCACUGGAGCAUAUCUCAAAACUGCUUGCCCCGAACAACCAAAUUGAUUCCGCCCCGAAGAAUUUCUCCGUUUGGGGCCUGGCCACCGAGCACGACCCCGACCCGGUCCAGCUGGGCAGUUACGUGUACCAGGACAAUAGUGCCGCCCUGCAGUACUUCCCGGUGGACGAACCGACGCGACCAGAACUAGCCGGGCGCGCCUUCCGGAUCGUCGAGCUGCGCAUCGAGUCCAACCAUGGCAACGCGCACUACACCUGCCUGUACCGGUUCCGGGUGCACGGCGAGAGGGUUUGAACGCUCUCGCGAGCUUCAAAUCGUUGUAAAUAGCUUCUUCUUAUUUAUUUUUAUUUGCACUAGUUUGUAAGAUCUCUCCCCCCAAUUAACCUUCGUUUGUAGGUUUUAAACUGUUUCAAUUCUUGUGCGCGUUCAUUAGUUGAUAAGGCGAUUCAUCUUUAAAGCAUUAGAGUAAAGAGAUGGUGCAAUAACUACCAUUAUUUUGUGGCGGACACACAAGUCAGGAACCAAAUCUAGCACUAUAAGGAGGCACCUUCACUUUCAUCGUUGGCAACUUUCGCGACCGUGAAGGUUGCUGAACGAUUCUGUUCUUUCUACUAACCCCUUCUUUUCCGUUGCUUCCUUUCUGCACUAACUAUUAAUCCUAAAAGCGCUUACGUUUAGAAUUUAUUUAGUUUCUGGGCGAUUGGAGGCGAGUUUGUUAAGAGUUAAGGCGUAAUCGAAGUGAAAUUGAUGCAUUUGAAAGUGUCUUGUUGGAAUGGAAAGGUGUAAAACGAGUUGAAUUGUACAGUUUUGACUAUUGUACACAAUAAGUAGGAAAUAUAUUCAAAGAAAAUGUA